GGCGACACUGCACUGUGGUGGAAUAUGUGAAUUUGUGGUUACAAACUCCAUUGUUGGACCAUUGACUUUCUUUAGUUUAGGGUUUAUUAAGAACUGCUAUAAACAGUUUAAAAGAGUUAAGUGAAUAAACAAACGUUAAGGAUAGUGCAAUAAAUAGUGCUAGUGUAGAUAUAUCGACUUUCUUUUAAUCCGCUAACAAUAUAAAAGUUUAGUCAAUGUCAGCAGGCGUGUCAGACCAGCGGAUGAAAGGACAAGGAAAUCAAGUCUCCAAUGGAUCAAAAGAACAGUUAGGAGCAACGGCAGAAGGGGCUGCAGGCUCAGAAGAAUUUGAACCAUGGAGAACACAACAACAGAAUUCAGCAGCUCAUCCAGCUUACGGUGCUUCCGUUCCUAUUUCCAGUGCGACCGAUAUUUACAACAUGGGUACAGGUUAUUAUGGCAGUGGAGGAACAUAUCCUUACCAAGCUUAUGGAGUAGGAGAUGGAACGUGGUCCAACGGCACAGAUAUGACAUUCUUAGGUGGUUACCCACACGAUUCAUAUUCAAUGGACGGUAUGUUCGGUCCCUCGACCACAUUCUCAAAUCCGACCGCUUUUGCCGGUCAACCCUCCUCCUUCAACUACUUCCACAGCAACGGCGACUACAACACCUGGGGCAAUCAGAUCGGUGGUCAGCGCAAAUACGAUGAUUACUACAGGGAUCAGCAGAACAUGUACACUCAGGCGAUGCCCGAUAACACCCUGAAAGGAGUUGAACAUGCUAUGCAAAACUUAGAUUUGAAGUCAUCAAGUGAGGUUAAAGAAUUAGGACCCCAAAAGAAGACAACAUGGGCAAGCAUUGCCAGCCAACCAGCGAAACCCCAAUUGACCAUUCAAAACCAAGGUCUAAAGAAAAAAGGUCCUGGGAUGCCACCCGGUCCAAUAGUUCCUGGAAAGCACAAUAUGGAUAUUGGAACAUGGGAUACAAAUAAGAGUACACCACCCCAGCUACCCCCUAUGGUGACAGCUCCGCCGCAACCCCAGCCUAAGGCGCCCAUGCCGACGGCACCGUCGGGAGGGCCGGUACGGGCUAACUGGGCGGCCCCGCCCCCUCAGUCCGUUCGCCAGCCGCCGCAAGUCUCGCAACCGCCUCCUCGAGGACCCCAGCACCCUAUGCCGCCGGCUUUCGAACCGCCGGCUAUGAUGCCGCCCCAUCUACCCCAAGUACCGACAGGAUCGCACAUGCAGAAUAUGAUGCCUCCUCCAGCCCAGAUGAUAAUGUCAGGAUCGCUGACUCAGCAAGCUCCUUCACAUCCAGUUUUGGAAGAGCUGAAAGGCAAAAACAAUUAUAAUCCAACGGAUUUCGAUCUAAGUGCGCCUAAUGCAAGAUUUUUUGUAAUUAAGUCUUAUUCUGAAGAUGAUAUUCAUCGUAGCAUUAAGUAUGAAAUAUGGUGCAGUACGGAGCAUGGCAAUAAAAGGUUAGACCAAGCUUACAGGGAAAGGGAAGGUAAUGGUUGUGUUUAUUUGUUUUUCUCUGUAAAUGGAUCUGGACAUUUUUGUGGUAUGGCUCAAAUGGUUUCACACGUUGAUUACCAUGCCAACAGUUCCGUUUGGUCGCAAGACAAGUGGAAAGGCCAAUUUAAGGUGCGUUGGGUCUAUGUAAAGGAUGUGCCUAACGUGCAACUUCGUCAUAUUCGUUUGGAAAACAAUGACAACAAACCUGUAACCAAUUCAAGGGAUGCUCAAGAAGUACCUUAUGCUAGGGGACUGCAGGUACUUCGCAUCAUGCACUCCUACCGCCACUCCACCUCCAUCUUCGACGAUUUCAUCCACUACGAGAAGCGCCAGGAGGAGGAAGACCACCGCAAGGUGCCGGCGAAGGAGCCUCACCACGACGGGGGAGACGGUCGCGGUGGCGGCGGAGGCAGAGACAACGAUCACCACAGGGGCGAACACCACCGCGGUGGGGGCGGAGGAGGAGGAGGACGAAAUCACGACCGCGAGCGCGACCGUGACGGUGAAAGGAACGACGGCCAUCGUGGAGGGCACAGGGGUGGCGACAGGGAUGGCGGACAUCACGGUGGAGGCCAUCAUAGGGAGCGGGACAAUAGAGGCAGAAGCAAUCGCGGAGGAGUUCGCAAUUAAAUUACCCCGGGGCAUAACACAUCUCGACGGCCGCUGUUUAUUCUAUAGUGUUAUUUCUAUUACUGGCUUCUUAACGGUACAUGUCAUAACUUUUGCACUUUUAUUUUAAUCUAAAUUUUAUACUGAGCUUUCCGUUAUUAUUCAUAUAAUACUAAAACAUUUGUUUUUGUUGUUCUUUAAAGUAAUACGGCUCAGAUCAGAUAUUUGCCUUGAUAAAGAAAAAAAAUGUAUGUGGGAUUAAUUCAACAUAAUUAAAAAUAAAAAUGGUAUAUGGAUUAUAUAGUAAAGUAGUUGAAAUUAACAAACUUAGCGGCUCACUUUUCGGAUCGGUAGUACAUCUCGAAAGAAUUCUAAAAAGUGCAGUGUUUUGUGUUUAAAUGAAGUGAUUGGACUUCCUGCGAAAAAAAUGUAAUAUAAAUUUUAAAAAAGAAACAGAUAUAGUUCAAUUUAAAACAGACUCUUAAUUUUUCCGGACUGAUUUUUAUCAUUAUGUGAAAAACUGUGUGAUAAACAGGAAACAUCAUGAUCGCCUUCAGAUGAACUCACCUCUGUGAAAGUGGAAGAACAUUAGCAAUUCGGCUUCGUUUAGUUAUUAAAUAGAAAAGUGAUACUUUUACUGAUUUUGUUCGAGGUAUUUUUCAAUUUUCUAAUCUUGUAAGUAAAGAACUGAUUAAUGCACAAUUUUUGUAUUGUUGGUAAAUUACAAAGUUUAAUAAUCAUAGGACUGAGACUCCAAACAAGCUAUGUUCAUUUAGAUAAAAAAAAAUAUUUUAUAUUAAGCAAAUAAACUAUGGCAGAUACAUAAAACUUUAAAGUGUGUACAGUAUUGAAAUGAUAAAUUGUUUUUAUUCUUCAUUUUUGAAGGAAUAAAUAUACUGUAUAAAAUAUGUAAAUAUUAUGUUCUGUAUGGUUUAUUUGUUUUUCUUCCUUGAUCUGUAGAUAUUCUCAUUUGUAAAAUAGCAUGCCCUUAUUGAAUGAAAUUGUUUAUAAUUAAAUCAACUUUAUCACUUGUUUUAUUAUGUUCGAAAAAUCAAAAUUUUUGGUUUAACGAAUGCUUUGUUAUUUUUUUUUAUUGUAUCACAUUUUAAUCAUUUUACCAAGACAUUUAUUUAGGAUAAAUACUGAUCAGCAGAAUAAAAUUUGACCAGGAUAAGGGUGCACUUCACAAAGAUCUUAAACAGUAUGUACAAUAGAUAUUAUCGGUUUUUCAGAUAUUCAUUUCAAAAUUCAAGAUAUUUUUUACUAAUUUAACUAUCCUUGUAUCUCUUAUGGUUUAUUAGAGCUCUGUAUAGUGCAUUCCUAUUUAGAACACUGUAUUAUAGAUCGUUUAUGUUAUUUGAUUAUUUUAUAUUCACCCAAAUUUAAUCAAUUGUAAUAUGUUGUUAAAUGUUGAUGUGUAUAGCAGAAUUGAAAAAUAUUAAUGCCAAUUCUAAAUGAAUAUUUUUGAAGUAGAUAGGUGACAAAUUUAUAGUGUAAAAAUAUUGAGUUUUUUCUUAUGAUCAAAAAGAUUCAUAAUCAAGUAGGUUUUGACUUUGACAGGUAAUAAAUUUCUAAUGUAAUUUCUCACAAGUAUGUCAGAAAACUGUUUGAACGCCAUGUAUUUAUGUAAAUAUACAAAAACAAAUUAUACUCUCAAAGAAAAGCUUUAUUUGGUUCUAAAAUAUUCUGUGUUGAAGUUUUAAUAUGUAAUAAAAAUUUAUAAAUGUUUUUCCAAGAUAUAAGGUGUUAGAUAUUAUUUUUAAAUGAGUUUUUACUCAGUAACUUCUGAAGAAUUAAAUCUAUUAAAAUUAAAUUGUGGGAAUGAAUUCUGUCACAGAAGUAAUAAUAAAAAGAAACUCUAUAAGUUUGUGAUAAGAGUAUUGUGCAAGGUUUCCUAUUAUAUGCUAUGUAUACCGGGUAUUUCUCAAGAAUGUCUCACCCCUAUAAUUUUUUUGUAUUUUUUCAGAUAAAAAAAGAUUUUUUUGUUAAAAGUGUUAGUAUGACAUAUAUUGUCAAGGUGAUUAACUCCCCUCCUAAACAUUCUAAAACAUAUGACAUAAAUUAGUAUUGAUUGACGUAUUCAAUUGUUUUCGUGCACUUUCUGUUUCACCGGAAAUG